AUGUAUCGUGGUCUCGAGGUUUUGAGACAAUUACAGAGCGGGUUUCUAAGGGUCCAGGCAACCGUUUCGGACAAAAAGUUGUACACACUUGUAAACGGAGUGACUGAGGCUGUACAUGAGCGAUCAUUAUGUAAACGAGAUGGCAUUUCGCUCCUUCAGCAUUAA